UUUCAGAAAUACACAUAUCAACAUCUUUGGCGGGAGAAACUCGGAGGCAGUUGUCUCCUCUUGCUGACGUCACUGUACUUUUCCGCCAUUCUUUUCAUAUUUAACGUUCCAUCACGAAAUAUCGAAAAACCCUUUUCUUCACAGUAUGAGUGCAGGCAGGGAGCAGUCUCUGUUCUUCAUCAGUCUUCCCGACCAGAGGAAGCUGUGUUCGGUCUCGCUGUCCCUCCAGGUGAGCCCAGAGGACCGCAGGAACCAGCAGAUCACAACCUGCAGGGAAUUGGUGCUGCUGUACUCUGACAUUUUCGCAUCUCCUGCUUUGAAUUCCUUAACGGAUAUCUGGCUAAUCAUGGCUAUGCCAUUUUAUAAGAAAGGGAUCAUCCAAGCUUAUGGGCACCGACACAACCUCCAGCUUGGUACACCACAGUGUGUGUUGCCAGGUAUUCUUCAGUGCUGUAUGUCCUACUCCCUGACCACAAGACUGGCCCCCUGCUGGAAUAAGGCUGGACCUUACCUUCUCUCAGGAAAGGAGUUUCUGACUGAGAGUGGGAGGAUGAACGCUGUCCGCAUGGAGUUGAACGCUAGUGCAAACCAGAUAUGCAUUUGCGUUGAGGCUAACACUGUUACACUGCCCCCAACUAAAUUGGAGGACUUUGACUUUCCGCCCAUGGUUCUGAGGAGCUUCUCCAGUCAGAUGGGCGGGGUCCUUCACACCUCUACAGGGGGGCCGUCCAGCUGGUGCUACGUCCUGCCCAGUAUGAAGAGAGGACAGAUUAUUAGCAUUAGUCAUCAACUGCCCAUCGACAGCCCAUUCAAGUGCUACCAAGACCUACAGAAACACUGGCACAGCCUGUACGGCUACAAUCUACCGGAGAAGAGAGUUGAAGAAACAAUCUACUGCAGUGUUUACUUUAAAUUGGUAGGAGAAAGACUCUUCACUUACCCUCUGAGCUGUAUUAGACUGCAGCCCGUGCACUGCUGUCCCAGGGACAACCUGCAGGGGGCAAUCUACCCCUUCAUAUCAGACCUCGUGGACAGACUGCAGAGUAUCUGUGGCCUACCAGUCCGUAUGACCAGUCAACCCUGCUACCCCACCAGUAGUCUGACCAGCUCAGGGUCAGCACAGGUGUUGGAUGGUAAACCGGUCAACCUUGCCACCAGAUCCGCCCUCCAUCCAGUUCUCACCCAGCUUCCUGCCCCAGCUGCCCCAGCUGUACAGCCCUCGUUUGGGCUACAACUGCCAGGCAGGUCCCCUGUGUCCCUUCAGCCUGGAGGUGGCAGCCUUGGAGGGCGAAGGGAGGAUGUGUGCGUAGGGGUGGAACAUGAAGAAGGAGUUUACCGGUCUAACGGCACUCAAAGGCAGACCUUGGUUCAGGGGAGAGGGAAUACUUUCUCCGCCUCUGCAACCACUGCAUCCUCGCAGUCCCCAUCUCCCUCAGCACCCCCCCUCAAGCUGGUCCCCGUCUUCAGGAACAGGGUUCUCACCCGCCACGUCGACGUGACCCAACUCCUGGCCCAGGAACAGGAGAACCAGAGGAGGGGAGGGGCAGCGGAGGGCGGGAGAGCCACACUGGCCACCUACACCAACAAGAGAGCCGCGCCUGCUACCUCAUCUCCCUCCCCCUCAGAUCUCUGCUUGGCAUCCUCCUCGUCCUCGUCCUCUCUUCACUCCUCUUCGUUUGUUUGGUCCCAGAGACCCCACAAUCCCAUAGGACCUCCCCCACCUUCCCUCCCCAGCUUCACCCAUCGCUCCAAAUCAAGGGAGGUCAACACCCACCGACUGACACAUGACCGCCCCCCUGAAGCCAAUCCCACCUCAGCUCCCGUCCCUAACAAACAACCAAACACCAAGAUGAACCCCAGCGCCAGCAAGAUGGCUGACGUCAAGUCUGGAUGUGAAACACAACCGUUGACCCUCAAGCCUCCUGCACAUGUUGUACAAUUCGAUGUUCCCAGCGACAAAGGAGGGGAGAGUUUUGAGUCCAAGCCGAAGAGACUCAAGCCGAAAAUACAAGAGGUGGAUGUGGAGUGGAUGGCCAAGAACAACCAGCUAUCCAAGGUGAACUCUGCAACCCUAUUGGCCUGGCUAAGAGGAAGGGGCGCUGCCGUCCGUGUGAAAGACAAGAAGGAGGAGCUAAUGUUGAGGGUCAUGGGCUGUUUGGGUGACUUACAUACACAUGCACAGUGAUAAUGAAGAUUCUCAAAAAUGGUUGAUUUGAAACUCAUUACUCAUUACAUUACUACGUUCGAAAGUAAUUGCACAUCACAGGUUCCAUGUUUUGAUUACACGUUUCUCCUUUGCUUAUGGUUUUUGAUUGGUGGUUAAUGCCCUAAAUCCUACUGAAAUACUUAUACUUUAUAUAUAUAUUCAUGUUAAUGUUGUACUUUUGGUUUAAUUGAUACUGAAGCUUGGUUGUAUUAAAGGAGGUUUCAAAUAA